AAGGCGCUGUUUGCUGUUAUCUCGCGGCUGUCCCUGGCCGCUGUAGCGUUUGCAGUCUUUGUCCUUUUACUGCGGUGCUAGGAAACCUCAGCGUUUGCAGUCCGGUCUGGGCCCGCGGCGUGGAUUCCGGUCGUGGGGCUCGAGGGCGGUCGGACUCUGCGUAACAGUGCCGCUGACUGUGUAUGCUACUGGGACUAGGAUCCCGAGGCUGGAAAUCCAGCCUCCCAGGAAGCAAUGGCUACCAAGAGUGCUUCCUCAGAAAUCAUAGCAAGACAAAGAACGAAGUUGCUUAAUGUCCUCCAGCAAGACCCCGACUCUCUCUUGGACAUGUUAGCCUCUCAGAGACUGAUUUCUGAGGACGAGUAUGAGAUGCUAGAGCAGAUUCCAGAUCCCCUGAAGAAAAGUCGGAAGCUGUUAAUUGUGAUCCGGAAGAGAGGAGAGGAGAGCUGUCAUUGUUUCCUCAGGUGUUUGUCUGACGUGUUCCCAGAGGCAGCUGCCACUUUGGACUUAAAGCGUGAAGUCGCACAGCAGGGGGCUGAAGCAGCUGUGGGAGUGAGCAGGGGUUCAGCAGACCCCUUUUUCCUUGGAAGGAGAACUCCGGAGAAUGGAGAGAUUGCAGUGCUUUCUGAAGAGAAAGAAUGUGUCUAUUGGGAAAGUAACAACGGGGAAACUGCAGGAUCCUCCAGGGAGAAUCAGGAGGGGUGUGGCACACCACAAAUCAUGGCCCCACGUUCAGUUGGAAGAGCUGAGUAUGACAUUCCAACGGGUAUCACUUACUUAAAUGAUGAGCAAAGAUACGAGGAGCCAGACGAUUCUCUGUACUUAGGAGAAGGGGAAUAUCAAGAGUCUCUUGGGUACCCGGAAGAUAUCGAGACCCUUGUGGAGGAAGGGGCCUCAGAUGACCUACAGUGCUUUGUAUAUGAUGGCGAAGAGGAAGAGGAGCAUGAGGAUGAAGAAACCAUGGGGUUUUCUGAUGAAGAAACCAUGAGAUUUUCAGAUGAAGAAGGUAGCUACGAGGCUCCAGAGAGCGGCAUUUCAUUGGAAGAGGAGGAGGAGCACACUGAAGAAAGAAAAAGAGUGUUCCAUCAUGUCCUGUCCUGUUUGAACAUGGACAGAAGCAGAAAGCUUCUCCCAGACUUUGUGAAGCAAUUUUCCAUAGAUCGACCAAGUGAGUGGACACCUGAGACUCCGGGAGACUUAGCUUGGAAUUUCCUGGUGAAAGUGCAGGCUUUAGACUUGACAGCCAGAGACUUUAUUCUUAAGCCCAAGACGGUGGAUGAAGAGAGCAACGAGGAGUUGCUGGCUGGGAUAGAGAAUUUAGAAAUUGGAGACAUACAAACCAUCAACCCCCUUGAUGUCCUUUGCGCCUGCCUGCUUUGUUCGGACAGCUCUCUGCAACGUGAAGUCCUGUCAAACAUGUACCAGUGCCAGUUCGCUCUUCCUCUCCUGCUGCCAGAUGCAGAAAGCAACAAGAGCAUCUUAAUGCUGGGGGCCAUGAGAGACUUACAGCAGCACCCAGCGCGGUCCUCAGAGGGCCCCCCCAGGGAAACAGAAGCAUUUCUGAGUCUCAGGAAGAUGCCUGUCAUCUCUUUUGUGCGGCUAGGACACUGUAGCUUCUCCAAGUCCAGAAUCCUUAACACAUUGCUCAGCUCCUCCCCACAGAAACCGCACAAAAUCUUUCUCCAUCAGGAUCCGUCCAUUCCUGUGCUUCCUCGGCAAAUUUCUGAUGGCCUGGUGGAGGUGACAUGGUGUUUUCCUGACAAGGAGCUAAGGGGAAAUCCUCAUGUUUUCCAAAAGCCUGUUGCUGUGACCAACCUUCGUGGAGAUCUUGAAAGCUUUUGGACUCAAUUUGGUUUUCUGGUGGAAAUUUCCUCAGCCGUGUUCUUCUUCACCGACUGCCUUGGUGAGAAGGAAUGGGACUUGCUGAUGUUUUUAGGGGAAGAUGCUAUUGAAAGAUGCUACUUUGUCCUUGGUCCUCAGGCCAAGGAGAGUGAAGAGGCUCAGAUUUUCCAAAGGAUCCUGAGACUGAAGCCGUCACAGUUACUGUUUUGGGAAGCGGAGGAAGCUGGGGAUAGAAGGAAGACGCUGGAGGCCCUUCAAGCUGCCCUCCAGGAAGUAAUGUCCCCUUCGCUUAGACAUGUGUCCCUAGAAGAUAUGGCGUCUCUGGCCAGGGAGCUGGGCAUUCAGGUAGACCAAGACUUAGAAAUUCCUCAAGAUAUUCAACUUUCCCCCAGUACGACUGGAGGUGAGAGCCAGCAAACAUGUAGUCAGACAAAAAGCCCAUCUGAAAGCCGAGCUCAGGUGCCAGGCAGAGAGCCUGGAGUGCAAUGUGAGGGCAGGCAGAAUGCUCCGAAUCUGCACCAGACUCCAGUGUUUGUGCCUCCACCAGUAAACCCGUGGCCCCUGCCGACCACAUUUGGAAGUAACUUUUACCACGGGCCCUUGAGAGCCCCUUGGGUUCUGAGCCCCCACUUUGGGUCACAGCAGAGCCCGGCUAAGUGGUUCUAUCCUUUGCCCCAUCAGAAUACAAGGGUACGUGGCAGAGGGAAAAGCUUUGGUCCUCGGAACUUCCAACCCUGGAGAUUUUAUUCAGGGCAAGGAUUCAUGAAAAUUUCAGGAGCUUCUGAGGGGCAUCAUUCGAGUGGAACAUUUGGGAGAUCACAAAGACAAAUUCCUCAUGUGCAGAACCAUCCUGAGAGCCCACAGGUGGUCUCUCAUGUAGAUCACUCACAUUCUCUGGGCUGGCAAGCAAGAACAGUAGCAGGGAAGCCGCAGACUGUGAAAGCCUGUACCCAGGGGGUGCAGCUGAGUGAAGCCUCUAGAAAACCUGCGAGGACAACAUCGCAUAGUAAGUACCCUCACCCUCCGUCCUGUCAGCCAGCAGGAGUCAUUCAAGAACCAAAAAUACCUGUUCGUCAUCAAGGAUCUCAAAGGAUUAAACAGGGAAGGCCUUCAGAUUCAGCUUUCCAGCCAGGCUCUCAGUCCACACCUGAGAGUAAACUUUCAUCUACCUGCCAGUUCAACUUCCAUCAACCCAAGUUCCAGGUCAAACACUUUGAGCCUAAGCCCAUUCAACCUCAGAAAAAAAACCCUCAUCCCCAGCUUUCCCAAGCUAAAGCCCCUCAUUCUCAGCCUUCCCAAGCUAAACCCAGUCAUCCCCAGCCUUCCCAAGCUAAACCCAGUCAUCCCUAUCCUUCCCAAGCUAAACCCACUCAUCCCCAGCCUUCCCAAGCUAAACCCAGUCAUCCCCAGCCUUCCCAAGCUAAACCCACUCAUCCCCAGCCCUCGCAAGCAAAACCCUCCCCAUCCACAUCUACUCAGUUCAAGCCACAUAGACCCCAAUCUAAGCCUUUUCAACCUAGAUCUACUCAGCAUACAUCAUCACAGACUAAACCUUCUCAGGCCAAGGCCCACUACCCACGGGCAGGAAAACGUUGAAGAACAUAUUCCAGAGACCCCCGAAGUAUGUUCUUUGCUUAGGCUAUUUCUCUCAUGUAACAGUCUGAAGAAAAGUUUCAGUGAAAGACUGAUAAAAUGAGCAAAAUCACAAUAAAAAAUUGUGCAAAGUCUAAGUGCACAGCAAAGUACUCUUUAGACAGAAGCAGUCAGAUCUCUGUGUGCCUGAGGCCAACCUGAUCUACAUCAUAACAUAGAAAGUUCUAGAUCAGCCAGAGUACAUGAGAUCUGGCUGAGUGGGAGGAGGGAAGAGCUGGGGAUGGACUUGAUCUUCGUAUACAUGUUUGAGAUUGUCAAAUAAAAAAUGCAAGGUGGAAAAAGAAUAGGACCUAAGGAUAUAUAAAUCAAUUGAAUCCAACCUUCCUUAUCAAGCAAUGUGUGAUUUGACCCCAGGGGAUGGAAUCUUGGGCAUAGCCAUAUUUGUGAGGAAUGGAAUUACAGUAUAAUUGCAAAGUAAUAAAAAUAUGGAGCUAAAAUUGUCUCAGUGUUGAAGAAAAACUGCUUCUGAGGUGCCUUGGUUUUGGGUUUAUUAUCAGCCACUGAGCCGAGACCCUGCACUGUUGGUUAGUUAAAUAAGCUUGUUGAGUACUAGCCCCAAUUUUCAUACCUGAUAAGACUAUCUCACUUGGCUCUUACAUACAGGAAAACAAUGAAUGUUUAUCAAAACACAUCAUUUUAUAUAAACUUUGGAACUGAUUUUUAUAGGUUUCAUACUUUGUAUACAAUAACAAAGAAAAUUUAGCUAAUUAGAGGUCCUGAUAUUAUGAGUUUAAUUAAUUGAAAUUGCUAUAGAGAUGAAUACUUUACAUUGGUAUGGGUCUUGGUCUACUGAUACAAAUUUAAGGUCAGUUUUGUUAUAUGUAUAUUUCUGCUCUUAAUUAAGGUAUUAUGUUUGUGCAACUUAUUUU